AUGUCAACAAUCGGCACAACAACAAUUCAAACAACUACAGCACCAAACUCUUUAGUCAUGAACCCAACUUCAAUGUUAGUAGAGAUGAAAAGCUUCAUUCCUUCUUCAUAUACUUUCGAAACAAAAAUCCAGAAGAUAAAGCAAGAACUUUUAACAAGUAAUUUAGACUGUAGUGCGAAAGAUGAAACAAAUGAACAGUAUCUUUAUGAAAUGCAGGAUAUUAUUGACCAUCUACCUAAACUUCCUGAAAUACAACAACAAAAACUAACCAUUCCCGAAUUUGACGAAAUAGAAGUCAGACUGACUGACUCAGUAGAAAUAAAGAAGUUCAUACGAAAGGUAAACUAUGAAUUCCUUGGAUUUCAUUGCAACCACAAAGUCAUGGACAUUGACCUUUACAAAUCCGAAGAAUUUAAGACCUACGACAACUUUGUUUCGUUAGUUGCAAAAUGUGUUUGGGAAAUAAGAGAUAAAGAUAGUAGGGGUAAGGUAUGGAACGAACAAAUAAAACCCGCUAU